AUUUUGGAACUACGUAUUCGGGAUUUGCAUACGCACCUAAGAAAAGUCCCGAUGACAUAUUGUGUCAAGAUUUUGAAGGAAGUUUCAAACGCCCACCGUACUUCGAUACGAUGAGAGGAAAUAUCGAAGAAAAACCAUAUUUGCCCGAAGGGUUGGAUUAUAAGAAAGCCAUUAUAGAUUAUUUACAUGAAAUGGGUAAAUUGUUGAAAGAAAAGCUGAGUAGAUAUAAGUUCCUGGAAUUUUUUAAUCAAGUUAUUAUCAUCUUGACGGUACCUGCAGAAUUCGAUAAUAAUGCAAUAUCAAUCAUGCGUGAAUGCGCUUUUAAAGCUGGAUUAACGAAUGAAAAGAACAGUAGGAAUUUAAAGUUUACUACGGAACCCGAAGCUGCUGCGAUUCAUUGUAUGAAGUUUCUAAGUGACAAUGGAAUAACAUCGGGAGAUUCGUUUAUGACAGUUGAUUGUGGUGGCGGGACAGUAGAUUUAACGACGCGACAACUUUUAUUUGACAACGCACUCGGUGAAGUAACCGAACGUACUGGAGAUUUUUGUGGCUCUAGCUACGUUGAUCAAGAAUUCAUUAAAUUUCUUGAGCAAAAAGUCGGAAAGUCUGCAAUUGAACUUUUAAAGAAGAAUCAUUAUCGUCAACUGCAGUGUUUAAUCCAAGAUUUUUGCAAAAAUGUUAAGCUACCUUUCAUAGGAUAUGAAAAAGAUUUUAAGUUUACUGAAAUAGAUCUUGGAGAAUUAGAUUGGCUUAUUGAACUUACUAUUGAUGAUGUUCGAGCCAUGUUUGAUCCUAUUAUUGCAAAAAUUUUCCAAUUAAUUCGAGGUCAAUUACGUUCAAAUGAUCAGCAAUUAUUAUGGAUUAAAGAAGAAUUCCUAGAUUUUGUGCAAAAUAUUUCGUUUCCGACUAAUCCAAUUUUGGCAGUAAUUAAAGGGGCCGUUCAAUUUGGAAUGAAGGAACACGUAAUUACAAAUCGUGUUUUAAAAUGGACAUACGGAACUGAUAUUGCCCGUAAAUGGGAAGCGAACGAUCCGAUAUCCAGAAAAUUACCAAAUGGUAUGAUAAAAGUGUUCCAUCCUUUGGCCAAGAAAGGAUCACAUCUCACAAGUAAAGAUGAAGUGACAACAGUAUUUAAACCUUAUUCUCUUUUUCAAAGAAAGGUUUCAUUUAAUAUGUAUCAUACAUCACAAUUUGAUGCCAAAUAUUGUGAUGAAGAUGAUGAU